CGAUCAGAAGCAGGUCAUCCAUGCUCCCUACAAUAAGCUGGACGACUUGACAACGGAGACCAAUUUUUUAAGUGUUCAACAGUCGUCGCCGAAUAUUCAGUGGUCUCACAACGCAGUAUUGAUUUAGGAGGAAAACAAACUAAAAUAUGAUUCUCAUCAUAGUCUUGUCUCUUUUGCAAGCAAUUGUUGCGCUUGUUUCAAAUUCCACAGGAUCCAACGAAUUAUUGGUUCUAGAUGGGCAUCCGCGUGGCAGAAGGGCUGUGCUCGUGAACAGUGACCCCAACGAACCUUGUCGAAUUUACGGCCAUAGUAACCCCAUACAGGUUAUUGAAAAUCUACCGGACGGGCCAAGACUCCGAACAAUCAAUCAACAAGAAUGGUUGACAAUUGCCGCUGAUUGUCAACAGCGGUUGCUCACUCUCAAUCAGAAGCCGACCACUGCCAGCAAUCAGAUAGAUUUCAUUUAUCCAGGCACCAAAUGGUGUGGAACAGGAGACGUUGCGAAUAAUUUUAAAGAUCUAGGACCUCAUGCCGCCACUGACAUAUGCUGUCGAGAUCAUGAUUUUUGCCUAGACACUAUGAAACCUGGAACUUGCAAAUAUGGUUUGUGCAACACCUCAGUCUUCACUAAGUCCCAUUGCGAUUGCGACGACCGAUUUCGUCAAUGCUUGCUAAAUGCGGCGAAUGACCCAGCUAGUGUUCCAGUGGGUUUCAUCUAUUUUGACGUUGGUUUUAUAAGCUGUUAUCGCCAGACACCUGACUGCGUCAAUAAAGUAUUCAGGGAACCAAUAGAACUAACUAGGCGGAAGAAACGACAAAAUCAAUCGAGAACCAGAAAUUUGCAAAACGGAUGGUGUUUUAUCCCGCCUCAACCGUUUAAAAAAUCGGCAAUGAUCCGUAGAAACCAACCUGACGGUAUAUUCCGGCACGUCCUAUCAACUAUGAGUGAUGUUUCAACAAUGGUGAAACAAGUGGCUGGAUCUACCUUGUCUGUGCAGUCUGGAAAAUGAGGGGCAUACGGAAUGUAAAGCUUUUACUGAAUUGGCUGUAAAGUUUUCUACCUGAAAAGCCCUGUCGAAUAAAACAAAAGCAAUACAA